CUUCUUUUGCCAAUUGUUUGAUUGAUUUGAUUUGCCACUUUUCCUGCUAUAUAAACUCUUUGCAUUUGUUCAUCACUUCCAACAAAAUACAAAGCUUCAGUUCAAUCAAUGGCUUCUUCUUCUUGCAAAAUGCUAGUGAUAUUUAUGGUUAUUCUUACCUCUUUCUUCAUACUUGCUUCUGCUAAUUUCUAUCAGAAUUUUGAUAUAACUUGGGGAGACGGCCGCGCACAAAUUCUCAACAACGGUGAACUUCUCACUCUCUCCCUGGACAAAGCCUCUGGCUCAGGCUUUCAGUCCAAGAGUGAAUAUCUAUUCGGAAAAAUUGAUAUGCAACUCAAGCUCGUACCUGGAAACUCUGCGGGCACUGUUACUGCCUACUACUUAAAAUCACCAGGCUCAGCUUGGGAUGAAAUAGACUUUGAAUUCCUUGGAAAUUUAAGCGGUGAUCCUUAUACUCUUCACACUAAUGUAUUUAGCCAAGGCAAAGGUGACAGAGAGCAACAGUUCCAUCUCUGGUUUGAUCCGACAGCUGAUUUUCACACCUAUUCAAUUCUCUGGAAUCCUCAACGUAUCAUCUUCUAUGUCGAUGGCACGCCCGUUAGAGAGUUCAAAAACGCUGAGUCCCUUGGUGUUCCCUAUCUCAAGAGCCAGCCGAUGAGGAUCUACUCAAGUCUCUGGAACGCCGAUAACUGGGCGACGAGAGGCGGGCUCAUCAAAACCGACUGGUCACAGGCUCCUUUCACAGCUUCUUACAGAAAGUACAACGCCAUUAAUGCUUGCGUCUGGUCUUCAAGUUCAGGUUCUUCUUCCUGCAACUCGAAUUCAGAUAAUAGCAACUCUUGGUUGUCGGAGGAACUGGAUAACACAAGCCAACAGAGACUAAACUGGGUGCAGAAGAAUUACAUGAUUUAUGAUUAUUGCAAGGACUCAAAACGAUUCCCCCAGGGCCCUCCUGCGGAAUGUGCAAUCAAUAGCUCAUCCUAAAAGCUUAGCUCGUCGUUAAUUGUUUAUAUCUUUUUAAUUCAGGGUUUUUGAGGUUGCAGUUCUCUCGUUCCAUGUAAUUUUGGUAUAAGGAAACUCUUGUGAAAUAUUUUUUUAUGUAAUAAAUAUAAAAUAAAAUGCAUGCCAUAUA